AUGCUCCUUAAUCUCUUUCCGUUUGACGGUACUCCGGUGCUCGCUCACACGUCGCGCCUCCUAGUAGGUGGCCGCUCCAACCACUGGCAGUCGAACGAUACACAGCAGCUGUGCCACAGCGGGCAGCAAGGCUUUGAAUUCGGUGUUCUUACUCCGUGGGAGAUGGCCACCCCAGAACGGCUCCCCAACGUCCCCCCAACGUCGGCGCAACGUCCCCACUACUACGCCCCAACAAUUUCCCCAGGCGUUCCCGCAACUCGAAUCGGUCCUUUCCUCUUCCGCUUUUCUUUUGCCGCCGCGUUCCUCGCCGCGGGUAACGCUAUGGGUCUCUUCGGCGACUUGCCCCCGCCGUCAAAUGCUCCCAAGGCACCGAUUCGCGCCAGCCAGCCGGCGUCAACGUCAGCUCCUGGUGAACGGCCGGCCGCGGCCAGCGGAGUCCGCGCAACUGACGGCGCGGUUCCGCUUAAGCCCUCUGCGCUCAAGUCGUCCCUCAAAGUGCGGGCGGAGCCGCGGGAGGGAGAGGGCGGGGGGAAUGUCAGCUCGGAGGCCGCGGAUGGGGGAUCGGGGGAUGGCGGAAAGACCAGGAAGCGCGUGGGGGUGACGAUGGCGGACGAGGCAGAUGGCGACGCCCCCGCGCGCCGGCGGGUGCGCUUCCACACGUUUGCUGAGGUGGCAGAGGACAAGGUGACGUCAGCGAUAGCCAAGAUCGCCGCCCACAUCGGCACGCCAGCCAAGUUCAAGAAGGCGGCCGGCCUCGCUCGGCAGCUUCUGGAGGGGGGCGCACUGAACAGCACCACAACCAGUGAUAUGAACAGUGGGAUGAACAGAACUGCAAACAGUGCGGUGGAGAGCGGUGGUCACGCGAGUCUGUUCUUUGGAGUGCUGGAGGCGGCAAUGGGGCUGCUGAGGAGAGAGGGAGGGGGGGCGGGAGGCAUGGUGGUGGGGGCUGCGGGGGACGUCGGUGGCGAGUAUGCUGCGCUGAUUGGCGCUGCUGUGGAGAGAAAAGAGCUGUUUUCGCCGUGGCAGCAGCAGCAGGUGGACGUGUGGGGGCUGCGCACUGUGCUCAACCAUUCCCUUCGCACCGAUGACAGCUUUCAGUUCUCCAAGGCCGUGUAUCGAGUGCAGCAGGAGGUGGAGCGAUUGCCAGAGGCAGCAGAGGAGGAUGAGAGGGAGGAGGCAGGGCUGUUUGCAGGGGUGGCGAUGCAUGUGCAGGGCAGAGAGGGGGGUUUGGACGGAAUGGGAGAGGGAGAGAAGAGGGACGGGAAAGGGGAGGUGGCGGGGGAAGAGACGGGGGCAGGGGAAGGGGGAGAGAAGGAGGAAGCGGGUGGGGAAGAGAGGCGGGCAGACAAGAAAAACACAGGAGACAGCGAUGCAAAUGCUCCAGAUACUGCUGCAGGUUCUGAUGCUGACCCCUUUGGGCUUGAUGCUUUGUUGGGUCUCAUUGGGGAGAAGGGAGGCAGAAAAGGGGAUGAGGAAGAGGAGGAAGAGGAGGAAGAUCCGUUUGGGUUGGGCGAGAUUAUGAAAAGCAAGCAGGCUAUGAGGGAGGAAAAGAGGAGGGCGGAGAGGGAGAGGAGGAGGAGGGAAGAGGAGGAGGCACGGCGGAGGGAGGAGGAGGAGGAGGAGGAGGAGAGGAGGAUGUUGAGGGAGAGGCGGGAGGCUCUGCUGCUGUGCAUUCAGACUGCCACAGAAAUGUAUCGGCACAAGUGGGCCCAGACGGCCAUUGACAUGCUGGCGCAGCACGCAUAUGACCACAGGCAGCGCUUCACCGGGCGGCAGCGGGCGGCAAUUGAGGCGCUGUGGACGAGUGUGAGGCAGCAGCAGCACGAGCGGAAGCACGGGGCGGGCAGGGGCGGCACUGGCCGGCUGGAUGUGACUUCGUUUGAGCGCCUGCAACGGCAUUAUGAGGGCGAGGCAAUUAGUAUCAGGAAGGGGGUCGGGGGUGGUGGAGGCAGGAGCACAGUCACCUGGCUGGGGUGA